AUGGAAUCUUUCUCGACUACCGUAACUUACAGUGGAAUGGCAGGGGUGAGGCAACCAGAGGAACUAUUUGCGAAUCUCGGUUAUAACGAUACAACAUCAUCUACUAUAGGAACAGGACUGGUUCCAAGUCCUGAUUGGGACCCAACAAACUCAGGAGGAGGUAGUGAUACCGAUGCGACGACGGAUCCAGCUUUUGGUAUAGCCUUGGCCUGUUUAACAAUCCCUGUCGUACUUGUCGGAAGUCUGGCUAAUAUAAUGGUGCUUUAUGUUGUUCUAAGGUUUAAGAAGAUGCACAAUGUAAUCAACUACUCCUUCGCCAACCUUGCUUUAGCUGAUCUUCUUGGCCUUCUUAUUGAUGCUGUUCCAGCCAUUGUUUUGACAUUGAAAAGCUAUUCACUGAGUGAUCCAGGCUGCAGGACGCUACUCUAUAUACCAUGGACGAUACGACAAGCCGCGUGUUUGACACUCGCCUACUUAGCCUUUGAUCGAUAUCGCCUCAUCAUUCAUCCGACAUCAUCAGUGCGAUCGCGAUCACCGCCAUUUGUACUAACAGUCUUGGCUGUUUUAUGGAUAGUCUCAAGUAUCGUUCAGCUUCCUACCGCCAUCUUAACCGGUCUUGAUAAAGAUGGGAGAUGUCGUGAAUAUCUUCCGGUCCGAGGCGGAGGAUGGUACUACUGGGUCAAGAUUCUUACUAUCUAUGUCAUCCCACUAGCUGUCAUUACAAUUUCUUACUUCAAGAUAUGGCGUCGCCUAAGCAUACCCCGCGGUGCAGGACAUUCCAGGGGUAGCAUUAAGAUGCGUACCUUCCGGAAGCGAAGCGCUCGUCGUAUCCUGGUCAUCGUCUUUUUCUUCGCGAUCACGUGGUUUCCUAUCCUGGUUGUUCACAUAUGGCCUCAUUAUGAUCCGAACAUCACCGAGGACACGCCACGGUACGGGUAUGUGCACCGUUUGACGAACUUUGUGCUGUAUGUGAGCAUGAUGCUGAAUCCUUUCCUCUACGCGUUUGCAGGAGAAGGAUUCAAGAAGCAUUUCAGGACGUUUGCAGGACGCGCAGUAGCAUCAUCGGUCGAUCUUGAUCGAGAGCGCACACCUGAUAUCAAAGGAAUAAUGCAGGAUUCGACACUUCGGAGAGAGAAAUGAAAUCGAAGCCAAAAACCUGUAAGGAUACCUCUCGAGUACUGAUGUUUGUAUUUUGUGUUUUGACAAUGUCACAACUGACUUAUUUCGCAAGAUAUUUCGAACCGCCGAGUAAACAGUGCUCGUACAGAAUAUGAAGUUCAUGGAUAAACGGAAGAAUGUAUACUUGUCAGGGGAAUCGGAAUGAAAUAUAGAGAUCUAGCUGUGGUACUGGAAGCCUUAUUCUUCACUCACCCCUGCAUUUCCUUCUUGUUUAGUUUUAGAAUGAAGUUUGAAAAUUCACGAAGGUAACAAGGGAUUAGAACUGACCUUUUAUUUCUGUCAUUUUAUAUGGAAGACAUUUCAGCGUAGUAUACAGUAAGGAGACCAAAUCGUACCUAUGUAGGUGGGUAUAGGUGCACCAUUCAUGAAUAUUAAAAAGCACCGAGAAGUAAAUUUGUCAGUGAUAAAUGACUAACAGAGCAGCGGAUGCAUAUGGAUGUUCAGGUCUCAACAAUAACAAAUGAAACAUUAGAUUUCAGCCUUCCCCUUCAGAUGUGCCUGAAUGAGACUGCAACGAAACUAUUGCUAAGAAAAAUGCAUGAUAUUCAUAAUAAAAAUCGAUAAAUGAUAAAUAUUAUAACGAUACAUUUAAAGCAAUCACAAGGUAAUGUCGAAUAAUUUUAGAAUACUAAUGAACACAGAUUGAGUUAUAUAUUUUUGUACAUACACGGUAUACGUACCUAUCAGGAAUGAUGAGGAAUGAUUGAAAAUUUAAGGUGGUGAUGAUGAUAAUGAUGACAAAUGAUGAUGGUGUUGAUGUUGCUAAGAAAGAUGAUGGUAUUGGCAAUUAUGAUAGAAGGGGGAAACAUGUACAUAUUAUAGUCUAUAGUCUCGAUUGUUGUUGAUAAUGCGACUUUGAUUUAAUGUAGGAAGCAGGUUAGAAGGUGACAACGAUGGUCAGAAAUAUCUCAAGAUGGCACCAGGCUAGGGUAUGGGGAAGAGGGCAGGAGGACGUGAAAGUGGUAAUAAUAUAUCUAUAAAGCGCUUAGACACGUCGUUCCGAUGUAUUAAGCGCUAUAUAAAAGCGGAUUAUUAUUAUUAUCAUUAUUAAAGUGAUUUAAUAAUUUUCUAAAAUACGAAAAGGGGGUAUUUUAUAGAGAGUGAAAACACUCUCUUCAUAACACUACAUAUUCCUUGUUCCUUGAUACUCCCUUUUUUCGAUCAUUUGAAGAAAAUAAAAUUCGUGCCAUACUUACGUUGGUGUUGCUGCCUGUAAAGACGAUGGCAAUGAUGAUGGUAGUGGUGGUCGUUAUGAUGACAGUGAAGAUGGUUUUAAUUAUGAUGAUGUUGACGAUGAUAGUGAUGGUGAUAUAUUCAAUAAUGCAAAAAUAUUUGGUUGAUGAUGAUAAGGAGGAAAAGGAGGAAGAUCAUGAUGAUGAUGAUGAUAAUGAACAUUAGGUAUUACAAUAAUUAUAAUAUCAAUAUAGACAAUUGUGAUGAAAAUGACGGUGACUAUGUUGAUGGUAAUGAUAACAUUGUAAAAUGUUGACGACGAUGUGUCUGUUGCUGCUGAUAAUGAUGUUGAAAUAGUUGUUAUUGAAGAUAAAGAUCAUGGUUGUGAUGGUUGGUUAUUAUGAUUAUAAGCAUGCUUGAUUGAUUGAUUGAUGAUGAUGAUGAUGGUGGUAAAGAUAAAGAUUAUGGUAGGGGUGGUGGUAAUCGGGUGGUGAUGAUGCUGAUGUUGGGCUAAUGAUGAUUAUGGUUAUAAUUCAUGAUGAAAAUGAGUUAUUGACCACGAUAAAUCUAAUGACGAUGAUGAUGGUAACUGUGAUGAUGAUAUUGCCAAUAAUGAUGACCAUGAUAUUGCCAUUGCUGAUUACUAUUGAAUGAUAUCGGAAAAGUUGUUGUUGUUGUUGAAGAUGAAGGUGAUUAUGAUGAUGGAGGUAAUAAUAAUACUCUUUUUGGAGAUGAGGAUAUUGAUGAUGAUGAUGAUGGUAAUGGUAAUGAUGACAUUGCCAAUAAUGAUGGCGGUGACGCUAUUGCUGCUGAUGUUGUUGAUAAAUAGUUGAGUGGUGAUGAUGAUCAAAAGGUUGUUAGGUUGAUGAUGAUGAUGAAUAUGAUGGUGACGAUGAUAAGGGUAAUGAUACCUGUCGAUGAUGGUGUUGCUUGUGAUGAUAAUGAUGGAGAAGAAAAUGCUAUUUAUCGUGGUUUGAUCGAGAUGAUGAUGAUGCAUAUGAUGAUGUUAGUAGUGGUGGUAAUGAUGAUGUUGAUACGGAUUUUUGUUUGAUGACGAUGUAUGAUGAUGUUAGUAGUGGUGAAUGAUGAUGUGCAUAAUGAUGUUCGAUUGAUGACAAUGCAUAUGGUGAUGUUAGUCAUGUUAGUAGUGGUGGUGAUGAUGAUGUUGAUAAGGAUAUUUUGUUGAUGGAGAUGAUAGUUGUGAUGAUACUCGGGUAUUGACGAUACUAAUGAUGCUGAUAGUGUUGAUGGUGAUGAUGACGAUAGUGAUGAUAAUGUUAAUGAUGAUAUUGCCAAUAAUGAUAACGAAGCUGUUGCAGUUUGCUGCAGAUAAUAAUGUGGAUGGAAUUGUUGUUGAAGAUAAAGAUGAUUAUGAGGAUAAUGGUUAUUAUUGUACUCAUGUUGGGUUGAUGAUGAUGAUUAUGAUAUAAAUGAUGAUGAGGACGAUGAUGAUGAUGGCGAUGAUAAACAUAUUGAUGAAGAAGAAAGUGACGAUGCUGAAGAUAAUGGCGAUGAUAUUUGCAAUUAUGAUAAAGACGAUGUUUCUGACGAUGACAAUGGCUACGAUAAUGACGUUGAUCUUAUUGAUGAUUGUGAUGGUGAUGGUGGUGGUAAUGAGCCUAAGAUUUUGAGCGGGCAAAAUUUAUAAAAAGUUGCGAGCGAGUGAGCAAAAAUUUUGACUCUUUUAUUACAAAAUCCAUUAUGUGAUAGAUUUUGACAUAAUAUUCAGAAAAUUAUGAUGAUGAUGUCGAUGAUGAUGAUGGUAAUGAUGGAGUUUGGGGCAUCGGUGGUUAUGGUAAUGAUAUUUCUUAUGACAGAUCAGUAAGCAGUCAUUCAUUCAUUCAAUCAAUAAAUCAAUCAAUCAUCCUAUACUGACGAUAAUAAAUAUAGGAAUGAUGGUGCUGAUGUUGAUAGUAUUUUGGGGAUGUGAAUGGAAUAUGCGAAUACGUAUUUAUUAGAACUGUCAAGCCAUAUCUAUCAUUUACUAUCAAUAUUGUAGCGAUGUUCUGUCCUAUUUGGCAUGUUCCCGAGAGUAAAUCACAACAUAUCACAACGUAUUACUCUACAGCUUGAAUAAGCUUGGCGUUUCUGGAAUAAAAUUUACCACAGUCAUUUUGAUUACCAAAGAUCCGUAUUUUUCUUGGUAGGCCAUGUGCUUUCUCAGAGUACUCUCUGACUACUUUUGAGGCAUUAUUGUUUCUAAGGAUGAAUUGUUAUUAUAUAUUCGCGAUGAAACAAUGUAGAAUUGUGAUGUCAGGUUCGGGGUUGUGUGUGGUGGUAUAUGCGUUUCAUUUAUACCAAUACUAGCUUUCAACUUGAAAUGGCUCAGUGUUGUGUAAUGUUGAGGGGCUUGGAGUUGUCAAUCACUUUCAUGUAUUGCCUUAUUAUAUGCACGAUGUUCCUUAUGCAUAAAAAAUGUUUGAAUUGCUUAACAUGAUGUUUUGUAAUUGUUGUUUAUACUAAUUGUCAUUGAUUGAAAAACAUAGAUAUUUCAUGUUUACAGAGAAAGACAAAUGAAAACCUCACCACAUUCAUAAGAAUUGAUGCAAUCAUCAUAAAAUCAUUAGCAACUUUAAUUUGGAAGGUUUUGAAAAUCAGGAGUGAUAUAUGGUGUGCCUAUACGUCGUAUCGAGCAAAAACUGUUUUCACAAUAGUUAAUAAUUAAUUUCAAGCACCCACUCAAUCUCUGAUGACCAAACACUGUGACACCUCCUUAUUUAAGAACUUUUAAAAAAUAAGAAAAUGCAAUUAUUUUCUGGAGCACCCUUUUAUCUCUGACGAACAAUUAAAGCCCUCUUCACCUUAUAAAUCAUUACAACGAUUACGUCAUUCGUGCCGCUUACUUGGAUUUUUCUAAGAUAAUGAAAUCAUUUGUUCAGUUAGAGAUUCACCUACUUUGAUUAUGUUCACCAUUCGUACAAUAUUUUGAAUUUGUAUUGAUAAUCAUUAAGAGUAACAUGGAAUAUUUGCUAUAUACUCAUGUUGUUGGACACACAAUGAAUGGAUUAAAAUCUUUGAAUACUUA